AUGGAGGACAGCAUGAGACAGCUCAGCCCGGGGAGGGAGCCUGAGCGGCCACGGGACAGCCAAGCCCUGGCUGACCUCCAGAUGCUGGCCCUCAAGUGGUUUAUGGAGACGCAGGCCCCCCUCAUUCUGCAGAAUGGUGUCCUGCCCCCCUGGUUCCACGGCUUCAUCACACGCAAGCAGACAGAGCAGCUACUCAGGGACAAAACUCUUGGCUCCUUCCUCAUUCGCCUCAGUGACCGGGCUACCGGCUACAUCUUGUCCUACAGGGGCAGUGACCGCUGCCGGCACUUUGUCAUCAACCAGCUCCCAAACCGGCGCUACCUCGUCUCGGGGGACACCCAGAGUCACAACACCCUAGCCGAACUUGUGCACCAUUACCAGGAGGUGCAAUUCGAGCCCUUUGGGGAGACCCUGACCACUGCCUGUCCCCGGCUGGAGGACAACAAUCUGUAUGAUGCCGUCACUCUGGGCCUCCCCCAGACCAACCUGGCACUGGGAAGUCAACCUGCCAUGGCAGCCUUCACGGUUGGCCCAGACAAGCCUGCUGGUCCCCCCAGCCUGCCUCCAAAACCCCAGGUCUCAUUCCUCCACACAAGGAAGAGUCUGAAUUCAAGCCCCAGGCACCUCUCCAAGGAGGAAAGUUCGGAGACGUCCAUCAGGGUGCCCCCGCUCCCCGAGAGGAGUGCCUCCCUCCUGGAAGAGUCUUUUGGAGGCCCCAGUGACAUCAUCUAUGCAGACCUGAAGAAGAGGAACCAGGCCCAUCCAGGCCUGGGCAAGGAGGCGUCCAGCAGGCAGGGGCUGGUCCUCGCUGGCAGCCAGGCCUGCUCUGCCAAAGAGGCCCCAAGGAGACCAUCAGAUGACGGGCAGAACAGGCCCGAGGGUCCAGGGCUUGCCAUUGCUAGAGUGAGCCCAGACCCAAGCCCAGCAGUGUCUCCUACCUCCCAGGGGCUCCUCCUCCCCCCUCCUUCUGAGGCUCUGGGGUCCCCAGCUGCCACCUGGAGGCAAGGGUCUCCAACGCUGAACCAAAGGGCUCAGUCCUGCUCCCAGGACAGCUCCGCAGACAGCUACGAGAUCAUUGGGGCAGCGGGUGUACUGCAGCAGGCUAGGAGCAUGCCAGCUGCAGGUGACACCUACGAGCAGAUCCCAGCCUUCUGGGACGGCCCCACCAGACCUCCACAUCCUUCAGUGAAUCCCACCUACAGCAAGCUGUCAAGGCCUGUGGACUUUGUCUACGAGAGGAUCCCAGAGCCUGGGAACACCUAUGAGCAAAUCCCUGCAGCCAAAAGCAAGGAGCCUGGACGGCCACAGAAGCCUGACAAGCUCCGGAGGCUCUUCUUUGUGGACAAGAAGCAUAAAAACUGA